CACAGAAACACGCUGAAUUAGGUUAAUUUGGGAAACUCCUUGUUAGUUUUAUGUCUAUAACAAUAAAAUAAAGGGUGGGAAGUCGUAGGUCGUGACGUCACGCAUCCACUCGCCCGUCCAGUUCGGGGGGUCCAACAUGGCGUCCAUGCAGAAAAGGUUACAAAAGGAACUGAUGGCUUUGCAAAGUGAUCCACCCCCUGGAAUGACACUGAAUGAAAGGAGCGUGCAAAACACAAUCACAGAAUGGUUUAUAGACAUGGAGGGAGCUUCUGGUACUCUCUACGAGGGUGAGAAAUUCCAGCUCCUCUUCAAAUUCAGCAAUCGUUAUCCCUUUGACUCACCUCAGGUAAUGUUUACUGGCGAGAAUAUCCCUGUCCAUCCACACGUGUACAGCAACGGUCACAUCUGCUUGUCCAUUUUAACAGAGGACUGGUCCCCAGCUCUGUCUGUUCAGUCUGUCUGUCUUAGCAUUAUCAGCAUGCUGUCGAGCUGCAAAGAAAAGCGACGCCCACCAGAUAAUUCGUUUUAUGUACGAACGUGUAACAAAAACCCAAAGAAAACAAAGUGGUGGUAUCAUGAUGAUACAUGCUAGUGGUGCUUGGACUUUUAGAAUACUCUUAUUAAAAACAGACUCACUGAUGGUACAUCUGCACUUUUUGAUGUUCAGUCUUCGGCGUUAGACUGAAGGACAGACCUCUCUGAGCUACAUGGCAUGGAAAGCAGCGACGUGUUUUGGGGGCGUACACUUCAGCGGGCUGAAAAGCAGGCGUAACACUACAGGAAUGUAAAACUCCAUAUUCUGAAGCAAGCAGCAAGUCUUUGCAGUGUAUAGUUUUCUUUUUUCUUUCUUUUUUUUUUCUUUUUAAUGGUGAAAUUUCUUUCGAGUCACCUUUUUGUUCUCUUUUUCUCUCUGUCUCUCUCAGAAGCCUUUCCAUGUUGACGCCUUUUGUGCAAUAAUCGUCAAAGCAUGCUUACGCUAUCAAAGAUGAUAGGCUAGUCCAAAUGUGUAAUAAUAAUCCAGAAAACAAAACUACUGUAAGGGAUCAAACAUUAUGAGGAGAGACAAAAGUCUCAGUUUUGCCUCACUUAAAAAAUAUGCACUGUGAAAUUUAGGGAGUGAACACUGUUCUGUUUUAUAUUUUGUAGACGAUUGUAGAAAAACAGAACCCAGUUAAACCCAGCUAAAAGUUUUUGAUGUGUUUGAUGAAUAGGGGUUGUAUAAAAUGUAGAAGAUGUGGUGUUGGGUUCGGAUUUACUGCAGUACUGACAGACGUUCCAGAAACGUCGUGAAAGUAUAGUUCAUGCCUCCUUCACCCACUCCCUUCUUGUAGUUUCCUGAGUAACUGAUUUUAGAAAAGGCAAAAAAAAAAAAGCAGUAACCACUUUAUCGCUAAUGUAAUACUGUUACUUCAGGUCCUUUUUGAAGUUUUUGUUUCAGAUUCAAUGAGUGGAUGCUCUUAAAUAUUGCAGUGCUGGGAAAGGCUGUUUUUUAUAUAUAUAAUUAUUUACCAGUAGUCAUCCUCUUCCAUCUUAGAACCCCGUUUGGGAAGCGAUGAAAAUCUCCUCCGCAGCCACUCGGGAUUAAAUCUGAGUUUACUGACAGAGAGCCUGUUAAACGUACGUGUACUGUGUGUUGCUGUUUUUCGAACGUUUCUUGUUUUUGCAGUACUCGAGUAUGAUUUCUGACUGGGGCUUUAAGGCUAGUAACUUUAAUUUGAACUUGUGUGAUAUGGUUUAUGUUUUUGUUAUUUAACAUUAUUUAAACAAAAUGUUCUAAUGAAAAAAAUAAUAUAUUUUGAAAUGA